AUGACAAAAAAAACUAUCUUGGAUGAGGACUGUAGCUUGGAGCUGUCCUUUUUGUUGGACAGCUCUGAAAGUGCAAAAGACAAUCAUGAGCGGGAAAAGCAGUUUGCGAUGGACAUGGUGGACAGACUCCAAGGUGCAGGGCUACCCACCGGCCGCAGGUUGAGCUCAAGGGUUGCUCUGCUGCAGUACAGCAGUCACGUUAUCAAAGAGCAAACCUUCAGAAACUGGAAAGGGGCGGAGGACUUCAGGAACCGGAUCACCCCCAUAACUUAUAUUGGACAUGGCACCUAUACCACCUACGCCAUCACCAACAUUACACAGAUCUACCAGGAGGAAUCCAGACCUGGAAGCAUUAAAGUAGUGGUGUUGCUCACAGAUGGCGUCUCCCACCCAAGAAACCCAGACAUUUUUUCUGCUGUUGCUGACGCCAAAAACCAGGACAUCAAGUUCUUCAUCCUGGGCAUCACCCGGGCAGCCAAUGAGCCAGCCAAUGUAGCCGAGCGCCGCCUUCUCGCCAGCUCCCCGGCCUCCCGCUUUCUCCACAAUCUACAGGAUGAGAACAUAGUGGAAAAGAUCUUCACUGAAGCGGUGAGUAUGAUGUCUUGUCUUUCAGCCGACAACACAUAA